GCCGAUGGAUUCAGUUGUUAGUUGAACGAGCAAGUGCCAGGACAUGAGUCACAAGUUGCAGUUACAUUUGAAGGCCAAGGAGAAAGAUCGCCGCCUCCUCCGCACACCGAAAUGUGCGAGAUGUCGCAAUCAUGGGGUCAUCUCCUGUGUCAAGGGACACAAGAAACUGUGCCGCUGGCGGGAAUGUUGCUGUCCCAAUUGCCAAUUGGUUGUGGACCGUCAACGCGUUAUGGCCGCCCAGGUGGCCCUACGGCGCCAACAGACAAUGGAGGCCCUGGAGGUAAGGGCCUCAUCCACCAGCGAGGGAGAAGAAUCUACGCCAUGCACCUCACCACCAGCACCCCCAUUGAUGACACCUCAGCUAGCAUCCUCGUCCACUCGCCAGGUUCUGAUCGCCCAGAAAAGGAUUUACAAGCAGCGUUUGAGGAAUUUGCAGCAAUCCACAUUGCAUAUCACAGCGGCCAUGGAAGAGUACAAACAACGAUUUCCCUCCACAUUCAGUUCCCCGCUGAUGGAACGCCUGCGCAAGCGGCGUGCAUUCGCUGAUCCGGAACUUAACUAUGUCAUGGAGGCGACAUUGGGCGGCAGUCCUGCCUGCCAUGCCCUAUAUGCCGCCGCUGCUGUGGGCUAUCAAACAAUGCCGCCGUUUACGCCCACACCCACAACCACGCCCAACACACUCGAUGUCUGUCCACCUCUACCACCGGCUACAGCUACUGUGAAGAAACCCAAGCUGAGCUUCUCCAUUGAGUCCAUAAUAGGAACGUAGCUGUGUCUCUCAUCCUGCAUACUGCAGGAAAACUGAAAACUGAAAAUU